GUGUCGCGCGCCCCCGCGGCGUGUGCGCGGCCGAGGUGGCCAGUGGCAUUGAGCUGGUGAAGGAGUCGAGGAAUCCUGGGAAGUCCAGGGAGUCCAGGGAGUCCGGGGAGUCCUGGGAGUCUGAGGAGUCCGGGGAGUCCAGGAAGUCCGACGCCAG